AUGUCCGAGGAAGCAGACCUGGACUACUACGCGGCCAUAAAGGAAGCAGAGUUGAAGCUUUGCCGCUUUCCCCUGGAAUCAGUGAGGGGCGUUCCUCUCAUGCGUCCCAUCGCAGAAAACUUUGACAGCAUCUGGGAAUUCAACCCGCACCCUCUCGACCUCCUCAUCGCGACUUAUCCCAAAGCAGGAACAACAUGGACUCAGGAAAUAGUCGACCUUCUUCUACACAACGGAAAUGCAGAGUUGUGUAAGCGCGCCCCCACUCCGGUCCGCAGCCCCUUCCUCGAGAUCGUCUCCCCCAAACCCAUCCCCUCGGGUCUCGAUCUGUUAAACAAAAUGGACCCCCCCAGAAUGAUCAAGACACACCUGCCCAUCCAGCUGGUGCCUCCGGGCUUCUGGGAAAACAAGUGCAAAGUGAUAUAUGUGGCACGCAACGCCAAAGACAAUCUGGUGAGCUACUUCCACUUUGACAGAAUGAACCAGACUCAGCCGGAGCCGGGCCCCUGGGACGGCUACAUCAGCAAGUUCAUGAGAGGAGAGUUGGCCUGGGGCUCCUGGUACGACCAUGUGAGGGGCUACUGGCUCCAGAGGGAACAGAAGAACAUCUUGUAUUUGUUUUAUGAAGACAUGAAGGAGGACCCCCGGCGGGAGGUGGAGCGCAUCAUGAGGUACCUGGACCUGUCCCUCUCUGAUGACAUCAUCAGUCGUAUCGUGGCGCUGACGUCGUUCAAAAACAUGAAAGAAAACCCCAUGUCCAACUACUCCUGUAUCCCAACUCAUGUGUUCAACCAAAGCAUCUCUGAGUUCAUGAGGAAAGGCGAAGUCGGCGAUUGGAGAACCCACUUUACUCCCGACCAAUCAAACACGUUCGAAGAAGAUUACAAAAACCAAAUGAAGGAUGUGGACAUACCAUUCCGUGAUUCAGUUUAA